AUGCCACCAAAGCUGCCUUCUACCGCCGUCGCCGCCAACUUCAGCAACGACUGCGCGAGAUGCAGGACGCCUGGACUGCUCGCAAAGCUGAGGAGCAAAGGGAACGCGUACCGCAACGAAUGGAAGAACUUCUUCUCUGCGAUCAAAGCUGUCUACGGUCCGCCGACGAAGGGCACUGCUCCUCUCCUCAGCGCCGACGGUAGCACUCUCUUGACUGAGAAGACACAAAUUCUACAGCGAUGGGCCGAGCAUUUCCGAGGCGUCCUCAACCGCCCCUCCGUCAUCUCCGACGCCGCCAUCGAGCGUUUGCCGCAAGUGGAGACCAACGUGGACCUCGACCUCCCGCCAUCUCUCCAGGAGACCAUCAGGGCCGUGCAGCAGCUCUCCAGCGGGAAAGCACCCGAAUCGGACGCAAUCCCUGCUGAGGUCUACAAGCACGGAGGUCCCCAACUGAUUGAUCACCUGACUGCGCUCUUCCAAGAGAUGUGGCGUCAAGGUGAAGUCCCGCAAGAUUUCAAGGACGCAACUAUCGUGCACCUAUACAAGCGAAAAGGGAAUCGUCAAGUCUGCUACAACCACCGUGGCAUCUCCUUGCUGAACAUCGCCGGGAAGAUCUUCGCUCGCAUCCUCCUCAACCGCCUCAAUAAUCAUCUGGAACAGGGCCUUCUGCCGGAAAGCCAAUGCGGCUUCCGUCGUCAUCGUGGGACCACGGAUAUGAUCUUCGCCGCCCGUCAACUUCAGGAAAAGCGUUAG